AUGUCAACAAACGGCCUAAACACAUCUGGAGACACGGAUAUGGCUGAUUGCGACGGAGAAAAAGUUGUAACAAUGAUGGACGUACUACAAGAACAACAGGAUUUUGAAGAAGACGCUAAUGCUGUUCUUGGAGCAUCUGAUGAAAAAAACUGCACCUACACAAAGGGAUAUAUAAAAAGACAAGCACUCUAUGCUUGUAUGACCUGCUGCUCAGAUGCUAAAAUUGACCCUUCAAAACGAGCUGGUGUUUGCCUUGCAUGUAGCUUGACCUGCCAUGAAAACCAUGAAUUAAUUGAAUUGUAUACUAAAAGAAACUUUCGUUGUGACUGUGGUAAUCCCAAAUUCAAUUCUCAUCCUUGCCAAUUCAAUUCGAAUAAAACUGAUCUAAACGAAGACAAUAAAUACAAUCAGAACUAUAGUGGAUUAUAUUGCAUUUGCCAUCGACCCUAUCCUGACCCCGAAUCAACUGUAGAAGAUGAAAUGAUACAAUGCAUUGUUUGUGAAGACUGGCUUCAUGCAUCACAUUUAGAUGCAGUUGUGCCUUCCAAUGAUCUAUACUCUGAAAUGAUAUGUAAAAAUUGUAUGGAAAAAAAUGAAUUUCUGCAUGAUUAUAGUAGUCUAGCUGUUACUGCUGACAGUGUUGAUGUUGAUGUUGUUAGCUCUGAUGUUACCAUGUCUAAUGGCAGCACAUCUAACUCCUUGGAAACACCAAACGAAAUAAAAGAACAAAUCAAUACAACAGAAGCUAAUCCUCAAGAUAAGGGUGACACAGAUGUUGAAAUGAAUGAUAAAACUGAAAUUACUGACCAAGAUGGUAAAACAGAUGAACCUAGUAUUCUAAAUGGUGAGGAGAAAACCCAACAUGAAAAUAAUAGCACUGAUAAAGAAGAAGAGCAAAAAGAUGAAAAUGACACAUCAGAUAAAAAAUUAUUACCUGAAGUAGAUCGAAAUGAAUUAACUUUGGAAAGUGACAAAGGAGAAAGUUCGAGUACGAACAUGGAAGAAAGUUUUAAGGAAAAAGAAGAAAUAACAAAAUUAGAUACUGACACGGAAGAAAAUGUUAAAGAAAAUGAGAAAUCAAAUGAAAUAGAUAAAAAAGAGGUUUCAAAAGCAACAUUAGAAGAAAUUCCGGAGGCAAAAGAUAUAAGUGAUAAUUCUAAUUCUUGUUCCACUACUGUAGAUAAUUCCUCAGAUCAAAAUGUAACCGAAGAUGAAAAUAUUGUAAGUGACAACAAAGAGGGUAAAAAUGAAGAUGAAAAAAGUAUAAAUAAAAUGGAAGACACAAUCUCUGAAACGAAUGACAAAGAAAUAAAUGAAAAUGCCAAGGGCACUGAUGAUAAUACUACCGAAGAAUUAAAAGAGCCAAGUCCUGUUUUAGAAGAAGAAAGAAGUCAAGACAUCGAAGAUAAAACAACAUGUGAGGUCGAAAAUAAAACUACUACAACAACUACUACUACAUUAACAACAAAUAUUGAAGAAACUAAGGAAGAAAAAACUGCAGAUGAACAGAUGACGGCGAAAAUGGAAGAAGAUUUGUUGAACGAGAAUGCUGAUGCAGUGGUUUCUGAUAAAAAUCAUCAAGAUAAUUUAAAUGAAUCUACAAAACCUCAUAGCCCUAGUAUACAAUCGCCAGCUAUAAGUGAUAUAGAAAAACCAGAAAAUUCCGAGUUACCAAUGGAUCAUUCUGACAUUACUCAAAACACCACAGAUUUAAAGGAUGAAUCUAAAACAGAUGAUAGUGAACACAAAUCUGAAAGUGAUACAACAAAUACUGAACUCCAAGAUACAGGACCGGAAAACAGUACACCAAUUAGUGAACCUGAAAAAGAAGUUGUUUGUACAGAACCCACAAAGACAUCUGAAACAAAUGAAGAUAGUAGUUCAUGUACUGGUAAUGAUGAUAAAACUGAACCUCAAAAGACUGAAAAUAUUACACAAGUCAAUGAAAUUAGUGAAGAAAGUAAAACAGUUGAAAAUAUAAACGAUCAUAAAGUAAGUGAUGAUAGUGAAAUGAAUCAUUCUAACAUAGAAAAUGAAGUUCCUAAUGAAAGUGAAAUGGCAAAUGUUAAUGAAAACAAGAGAAAGUUGUCAACAGAGGAGACUAAAGAAGAUGUUGUAGCCAAAAAGGUUAAACUUGAAGAAGUAAAGACAUGUGUCAGGCCAAAGGGUGUUAAGAGACAGUUUAAAGGGGCGACAUUUUGGCCCUCCAACUUCCGUCAGAAACUUUGUACAUGUAAUGAAUGCCUAUCAAUGUAUAAGGAUUUGUCUGUGCUAUUUUUGAUAGACCCAGAGGAUACAGUAACCGCAUAUGAAACAUUAGGGAUGGAAAAAUCUCAAGGAAAACCGUCAUCUCAGUAUGAAAAAGGUUUACAAGCUCUAUCAUCUCUGGAUAGGAUUCAGCAAAUAAAUGCUCUCACAGAGUACAACAAAAUGCGGGAUAAAUUGUUAGACUUCUUGAAGAGCUUCAAAGAUAGGAAAGAGAUUGUGAAAGAGGAAGACAUAAAAGCCUUUUUCGCUGGAAUGAAACCCAAAAGGGAGCCAGAUGGUGUAUAUUUCUGCAGAUAA